AUGAAGGGACACUUUUCUGUCGAAUGGCUUUCCCAAAGCAGCCAGAGCAGCGCUAGCACUCCAUCAAGCCCUAGUGCAGUGAGCCAUUCCAGCUCCUGCAUUUCCAUGGCCUCUGAUAGAGCCAGCACCUCUGGGACUGUUCCGGAAACUCUCCCUGGUUUCUACAGGAGAGUGGAUAGCAUGGAAACCCAGCAGAUCCAGUCUGAGCCAAUGGGGCCAGCACAAAGCUGCGUAACUGUGCCAAAGAAAGAGCCUGGCACAAACAAUACUGAGAGCCUCCAGCAUGCUCCAGAGUUAGGCUUCAGCAGUGGGACAGAGGAAGAGGAGACAUCUGGGUAUGAAAGCGAAGGUGGGCGUUCUCUCUCACCCAUGGCCUCCAAGGAGCCAGCACCUUCAACCUCCCCUGGUACAGGGCGGCGAGCUAGAACAGCCUUCACAGCUGAACAAAUUGACAGUUUAGAGAGAGCAUUCAAGAGGAAUGCUUAUCUGGGAGCCCAAGACAAAGCUGAGCUGUGCAAGAGGCUCAAUCUCUCUGAUAAACAGAUCAGGAACUGGUUUCAGAACAGACGAAUGAAGCUGAAGAGGACGGUGCAGGACGCUCUAGCACAUGCCUGCCAGGCCAACGUUGCAUCACAGCUAAUGCAUUACCCCGAGCUGCAAUCUUUCAGACCGGCACCUUACCCAAGUUACUACCCAGCACAAGAGGGCCCGAGUCCCUACAUGUGUCCCCCCAACAUCCAUUACUCUCCUUCUGUUGUACCAACCCUGUCUGCCAAUGCUCUCUACCAAUACAGAUGUCCUCAGGGUCUUCCUGUGGCCCCUAGCAACCCAGCCCUCAUGCAGCCAUUCCAGCCAUACUCUCACCAGUACUUCAGCUCACAAUGAACACGCUGAUUAGAGCCACAUGAACUGCAGAUGAAUUUGUUUUAAUGAAGCAUCUCUUCUCAAUAUUGUAAUGCACGGUGACGUGCAAGAAUGAAUGUAUUUUUUUCAUACUGUUGAAUA